AUGAGAGUGAGGAUUGCCAAGGAGAGAUCCGACUUAACCGAGUUGGUUUCUGCUGCAAUCAAGACGACUUACGAUACACGGAGUCCAGGCGGAGUCGAGCGAUGCAUCGACGCGUUGAAUCAGUUGAAGUCUCUGUCUCUCUCCGUCGAAGACCUUCAAUGGUCUGAGUCCAUAGUUAGCUUGGAGACUCUGAGAAGGCAUAGGAGCCCUAAGAUCCGUAAGGAAGCUCAAUCCUUGUUUGAUUCCUGGUCUAAUACGCUUUACGCACGAGGAAGAGACAACACCUCCAUAGCUGGUCUGAUGAAGUCUUGUCUGAAGCAUAAGAAGUCUGUUCUAAAAAGAUGUUCAGAGUUGUUGAAGAAGAAAGAGGAAGAAAUAUCUAAUCUGACUCAUGAAGCGAAAGAGAUUAAGAAAGAGACCGGCUUUUUGGAGUCGAAGAAGAAAACAGAUAAGAGGAGUGAGAAGAUUAAUAAAGAAACAAAGACCAACUUUUUGGAGUCGAAGAAAAAAGAAGAUCAGAAAUCUCUGCCUUGUGAAGCGAUAGAGAUUGAGAAAGAGACAAAGACCAAUCUAAGGAAAAAGAGUGAUGAUCGCAAGGCUAUUGGAUCACUUGAAGUUGCUGGAAAUCAGAAGAUGUGCCCUGUUACUGCCACGUCGCUUACUCAGCACUCAAGAGAGAACAUCAAAGACAAAGAUGGUCAAGUUACUACUAAAACCUUGAUUCCUCCUCCUAGAAGGACAAAGAAACAGCAGACCGGACCAGCUAAAAAUUCUGAAAACCCUAAAUCUCCAGCCUUGAAGACUAAAACAGAGGAGGCGCUGAAAAAGAAGAAAACGGACGUCGCUUUGGAGAAGAAGAAAACGGAGAUCGUGGAGCUGUUCGAAGCAGCCAUGAAAGCGGCUGACGUGGCCUACUCUAGAAGUGUUCUCUCCGGUACACCAGAGGUGUCACGCUGCGUUGAGGCUCUCUCGUUACUCAUGGAUUCCAAUAUCAGUCCAAACCCUAAAGAGCCAAGGAGGAUGAUGGAGAGGCUCGAGGGACUCACAAAGCACAAAUACCACAAGAUCUGCAAUGCUGCUUCAUCCCUUCUCCACCUUUGGAGGCAGAGGAUCAGGAAACAAGAGCGUAAAGACUCUGCAGCCAAGAAGACGACGUUUCGUAACAACUCCUUUUCGUUCAACAAGUCCUUGCCAUUGCCGGACUUGAAUCUCGGGGUUUCGAGGUGGUCGGUUUGGAAGACGGAGAAGUAUAUGCAAUCCUUAGCCGGAGAUCUUGUUCGGUAUCCGAAAUGGUUAGAGACUGAUCUGUUCUUCAACGGCCCUUACCGUGAACGGUAUUGCUUCAAGGCCUAUGGUGAUGAUUGA